AUGGUAGCCAUCAAACCAGGUGUCGGUGUGAUGAGCAGCGAUGCUCGCGACGCCAGUAAAAUACGAAGGGGCCCAGCCCAGCGGAAGAUCACGCAAUGGUUUGGACAAACCCAGUCGUCGUAUACAACGACUGGUCCGCCAGGUAUCGUUACCGCCAGAAAUCUGUACGAGUACCCGAAGUACGUGCCAGAUACCGGCCAGAUAUAUAGCCCUAUUGGUAUUCACGGAGACAUGGCCAAAGAGCCUUUAUCACAAUUUUUUUCCACAGAUCCUUUUUCCCACACUCACAUCACAAUCGCCCUCAACAGCCUGAACGAUACACUUCAGCACUUAGACACCUGCCUAAACGUGACCUGUCUCAAUUAUUCUGCCCAACAUAGCAGCAGCAACUCAGCUCGAGUCAGGACAUCGGCUCCUGACAUCGGUCACGUGCGCUACCCGGAAAAGUACCCGUUUUCUUCACUUGCCCAACCUGAUAAGUAUCUGGUUUUGUUAUUCGAUGGCAUUGAUUACCAACCGCAUUCGUCCACACACGACUCUAUGGUCUGA